UGCGCUUUCAUGUUCACAUUUUGGCUCGUUCCCACAUACCUUUUCUUGUUCAUCUCGACAGUUGUACUUUUGACUUCUUCUUGUAACGUUGCCAUGUCUCAGAUUCCUGACCCCUCUUGCCUGAAACCAACGUCUGUCGCCAUGAGCCCAGUGGCAUAUGCCAGUCCUAGUCGUGGUGGCGUUUCACCCAGUAUAAGUGUAAGAAGAUCGUUCGAUUUGUGUAUGGACCUUGCCAUACUGAGGCAACUGCGGUCGCAUGAGUGCCCCUUUAGAAGAGGGAGCCCAGCUAUGGACAUAGUUGCUGCUGAAUUAUCCAACUCGGAUCCAACCAAGUUUUGUGGUAUCAACAAAAAGGGUGUGCGUGAUCGAGUUUUGCUGCUGCUCAAGCUCUUCAACAAAGGCGAUGAGUGGAAAAAACGGCAAUCUGGCACUGAGGAGGAGCUAACGGAGAAAGGCCAGCUUCUGGCUGAGCUCCAGGAGCUUUAUGCUGAAAAAGCCCAGCCCAAGCCUGCUGGUGAUGGCGAGAAACAAGCUGCCCUCCAGGCGAGAAAGGAUGCGUGCGUGACGCUGGCCAGUAAGAGUAAGGAAGCAGCAGAUGAGCCCGCUGCAAAGCGGAAGAAACAUGGAACGUCGAGCGUUGAACUCGCUAUUGCUUACCUGAAGACCUCACAGGAGGCGGAUGCAGCAGUAAAAAAAGCACAGCUAGAACUGGAACAGCAGCAGCAUCAAGACAAGCUGCUAUUAGAUAAAGCCAAGAUGGACCUUGAGGAAAGGAAAUUCAUCGCGGAUGACAUACAGAGGAAGAAGAAACAAGAGAUGGACGAAAAGGAUCAAGCAGCCAGGCUGAAAAGAGAGGACGAGAGGGAAGAAGAUGCAGCUGCUGAGCGCCGCGCACUCAUAGAUUUAAUGAAAACAUUUGCUUCCAAGUUUUCAUAAUUCCCCGCCACAAAUCCAGCUUGUGACCUCAGGCCACAUCACCGAGCCACCAAGCUGAGAAUUGAGGCGUCAUCGAGUCUUUGCCCUCCCCACCACCCACUCCACCCGCCUUCAACGUUCACCCUUGUACUCCGCAUGCUCUCAGUACAACCACCUGCCACGACACUUUUAUUCCCUCUGAGAAAUAGAUGCAUUCCAAAGAGAAGGUACCCUGAUCAUAGUAUUGCAGUAUCCCUGCUUUACAGUUUAUACAUGACUAGUACAUGUAUUUUGCAUGACUC